AUGAAGAAGACGAUCAAGGCGCACGAGGAGCGCAACGUCAAGACGGCCGACGAAAAGGAGCCGACGACGCCGAUGCCGUCGUACCUGCUGGACCGGACGAACCCGUCGACGGCCAAGGCGCUGAGCAGCGCCAUCAAGAACAAGCGGGCCGAGAAGGCGGCGCGGUUCAGCGUGCCGCUGCCCAAGGUGCGGGGCAUCAGCGAGGAGGAGAUGUUCAAGGUGAUCAAGACGGGCCGGAAGGUGCAGAAGAAGGCGUGGAAGCGCAUGGUGACGAAGCCGACGUUUGUCGGGCAAGACUUUACGCGGCGCAACCCCAAGUACGAGCGCUUCAUCCGGCCCAUGGGCCUGCGGUACAAAAAGGCAAACGUGACACACCCGGAGCUGGGCGUGACGGUGCAGCUGCCCAUCAUCAGCGUCAAGAAGAACCCGCAGAACCCGCUGUACACGCAGCUCGGCGUCCUGACCAAGGGCACCGUCAUCGAGGUCAACGUCAGCGAGCUGGGGCUGGUGACGGCCGGCGGCAAGGUGGUCUGGGGCCGCUACGCGCAGGUGACCAACAGCCCGGAGAACGAGGGAUGCAUCAACAGCGUGCUGCUGGUGUGA